GCCAACUCAAGGAACUCAUAGAGAAGGGUUGGAUCCGGCCGAGUGUCUCUCCUUACGGAUCUCCAGUACUAUUCAUAUCUAAGAAGAAGGAGGGCACUCUCAAUGUGCAUUGACUAUAGCGGCCUUAAUGUCAUCACUGUGAAGAACAGAGAGCCCCUACCGCGCAUCGAUGAUCUGUUAGAUAGAGUGCAAGGGUGUUGGUACUUCAGUAAGAUAGAUCUGAAGUCCGGGUACCAUCAGAUUGCAAUCCGGCCCGAGGAUCAACACAAAACCGCAUUUCAGACCAGGUAUGGUCUGUACGAGUUUCUGGUGAUGCCUUUUGGCCUUUGCAAUGCUCCUGGCACCUUUCAGCACGCUAUGAAUCGGAUAUUCCAUGACUACUUGGAUAAGUUUGUCGUCGUGUACCUCGAUGACAUACUUAUUUUUAGUAAGACUGUCGAGGAGCACGUAGCACACUUAGACAAAGUUCUCAGUCUCCUGCGACAGCACAAGUUCAAGAUCAACGGUGAAAUGUGCGAGUUUGGCCGCACCCGUAUCUUGUACUUGGGUCAUGAGAUCUCCGCGGAAGGGUUGAAGCCCGAUGACGCAAAGGUGGCCAACAUUCGGGAUUGGCCACAACCUCAGUCUGUGACUGAGAUGAGAUCUUUCAAAGGAAUGACCGGUUACUAUAGGACUUUCGUUCAGAACUAUAGCAUAGUGACCACUCAUUUGACUGAUCUGACUCACCUUGACACCCCGUGGGAGUGGACAGAUAAGUGCGAGGCUGCUUUCAGACAUCUGAAGCAUGCAUUGACGCACUACGAGGUCUUGAAGCUUCCCGAUCCUGACAAACCAUUCAUAGUCACCACGGAUGCUAGCCAAUACGGCAUUGGCGCCGUGCUUGCACAACAGGAGGGGCCAAAGUUGAGGCAUGUUGAGUACAUGUCCAAAAAAAUGUCGUCUCAAAAGUUGGCCAAGUCCACCUAUGAGAAGGAACUCUAUGUCGUUUACAAGGCUUUGACCCAUUGCAGACACUAUCUCCUUGGGAGGUUCUUCAUCCUCAGGACUGAUCAUCAGACCCUAAGAUGGAUGAGAACUCAGCCUGUACUCUCUGACGCCCUCAAGCGUUGGAUUGAAGUCAUUGAGCAAUAUGACUUUGACCCUCAGUUUCUGAAAGGGGAGUACAACAAGGUUGCUGAUGCUUUGUCGCGUAGACCUGAUUUCUCUGGUGCGCUGAUUACUGAGUUCGAUCUGACGGACAACGUUACUCAGUCUUUGGUGGAGGCCUAUCAAGAAGACCAGUUUAUGUCAGAGAUCAUCCGCAGACCCGAAGCGAAGGACAAACGAACUUCAGCUGAGUUUGAAAUGGUCAAUGGCUUGUUGUUUCUCGAGAAGGAGGGGAAUAAACAAUUAUGUGUCCCUAGUAGUGAGUCUUUGCGUAGUUUGUUUUUAGGAGAGUGUCAUGAUGCCACCGGCCAUUUCGGGUUCAAAAAGACUGCAGCCAAUUUGCUGCAGAGGUUUUGGUGGCCCACGAUGAUGAAAGAUGCCAAGUUGUAUGUGGAGACCUGUCAAGUUUGCCAACGAGACAAGCCCCGUACUCAGGCUCCUCUUGGGCUGAUCAAGCCCCUUCCGAUUCCGGAGAGGCCGGGUGAGAGCCUGUCCAUGGACUUCAUGGAUACGCUAGUCACGAGCAAGAGUGGGAUGAGACAGAUCUUUGUCAUCGUGGAUAGGUUUAGUAAGUUUGCUAGGUUAGUAGCAAUGCCUGAGACAACAAAGACUGAGUACGUGAUUAAGCUGUUCAAAGAAAACUGGGUGAGAGAUUUAGGAUUGCCCAAGUCUAUUGUGAGCGACCGAGAUGUCAGGUUCACAAGCGAGUUAUGGAAGGCCGCUGCAGCCGAACAGGGAACUCAACUGCAGAUGACUUCUGGGAAUCAUCCCGAAGCCAACGGCCAGGCCGAACAGAUGAACCGCGCUGUGCAACACCUGUUGAGGUAUUAUAUCAAGCCCAACCAGGUAGACUGGGACGAAAAGCUCGCACUUGUCGCCAGUCUGUACGAUAACGCUGUACACAGCGCUACAGGGGUGAGUCCUAACAGUCUACAACUAACGUUCAAGCCGAAACUGCCCUUAGACUUCCUACUUUUUGACAACCAGCCAACUGCUGCACCAGGCACUCUAGAGUUUGCUUACCGAUAUGAACAGAAGAUGCAGGAGGCUGUAGAGCACAUGCAGAAGGCGCAGGCAGCAAUGAUAGAAUCUGAGAAUAAACACCGCCGCCCUUCUACAUUUCAGGUUGGGGACAGAGUCUGGGUCAAGUCUUCGGAAUUGGGACAGGAGUUCGGGAUAUCCCGCAAACCCAUACCUCAGUACUUUGGACCUUGGGAAGUUUUAGACGUAGUAGGGACAGAUCCUGAUGGUCCAUCAUAUGUCAUCCGUAUCCCUGGUCAUCUCAGAACUUACCCAGUCUUUCACGCCUCUAAGCUCGCUGCGUUCAAGGAAACUGAUCAGUUCCCCUCUCGUCGAUCAAUGCUGCCCCCAACCAUGGACGGAGAAGUCGACAUCGAUGAUAUCGUUGACCACAGGGAGAUGCCUGUUCAGAAGCCUCCACGAAGGGGACGUCCUCCAAACCCAAAGCUGCAGUUUCGUGUCCACUUCAGGCAUCACACAGAUCCGAAGGAGGACCGCUGGUUUACUCGGGAGGAAUUGAUGCAGACCGCUCCUCAAAUCGUUGCCCGCUAUGAGAAGGAUGUAUUGAAAGGAAAGCGCCAGAUGGCUCAGGAUUGAUCUUCUCAGAGGACUAACGAAGAUAUGGAGGAGGGAAUGCGAGGCUACGCCCGUUCAGCCCCCUCG